GUGUGCGCGUGGUCCGGGCGGGGGGGAGGAGGGGAAUCUCCCGCCAUUUUUCAAUAAUUUCCUCCGGUGCCGCUGAGCAGGAGUCGUGACUGCCGAACGCGGGGGAUCCGCGGCGGAGGUUGGCUGGAGGCUGCCGAGCGGCCCAGCGGCGUGCGGGCGAGUCCCGUCCCCUCGGCGUCCCCGGCCCAUGGCCGGGGCACGGCCGCGCCGGCCCUGAGGGAGCCGAGUUCGCGCCGCCCUCUCACCCCUCCCCUCCCCCACCCCACCCCGGGCGCCAGGCGCUCGCUCGGGGCCGCGGGGCCUAGCGUGGCGCCCGCCGCGGAGCCGCCGCCGCCGCCGCGAUGGCGCCGCUCUUGGGCCGCAAGCCCUUCCCGCUGGUGAAGCCGCUGCCGGGCGAGGAGCCGCUCUACACCAUCGCGCACACGCAGGAGGCCUUCCGCACCCGGGAAGAGUAUGAAGCCCGCUUGGAAAGGUACAGUGAGCGCAUUUGGACGUGUAAGAGUACUGGGAGCAGCCAGCUAACGCACAAGGAGGCCUGGGAGGAGGAGCAAGAAGUUGCCGAGCUCUUAAAGGAGGAGUUCCCUACCUGGUAUGAAAAGCUUGUUCUGGAAAUGGUCCACCAUAACACGGCCUCCUUGGAGAAGCUGGUGGACUCUGCCUGGCUGGAGAUCAUGACCAAGUAUGCUGUGGGAGAAGAAUGUGAUUUUGAGGUUGGGAAAGAAAAAAUGCUCAAGGUGAGGAUUGUGAAGAUUCACCCUUUGGAGAAAGUAGACGAAGAGGCAACUGAGAAGAAAUCUGAUGGUGCCUGUGAUUCUCCAUCAAGUGACAAGGAGAACUCUGGCCAGAUUGCUCAGGACCACCAGAAGAAGGAGGCAGCAGUCAAGGACGAGGAAGGGAGGAGAGAAAGUAUUAAUGACCGAGCACGAAGAUCACCGCGCAAGCUUCCUACUUCACUGAAAAAAGGGGAAAGAAAAUGGGCUCCUCCAAAGUUUCUGCCCCACAAAUACGACGUAAAACUGCAACAUGAAGACAAGAUCAUCAGUAACGUGCCGGCGGAUAGCUUGGUCCGAACAGAACGCCCACCCAAUAAAGAAAUCCUCCGCUACUUCAUCCGGCAUAAUGCACUACGGGCUGGGACUGGGGAAAAUGCACCCUGGGUCGUGGAAGACGAGCUGGUGAAGAAGUAUUCCCUGCCUAGCAAGUUCAAUGACUUUUUGCUUGAUCCAUACAAGUACAUGACUCUCAACCCUUCUACCAAGAGGAAGAGCACAAGCUCCCCAGACAGGAAGCCCACUAAGAAGGCCAAGGCAGACAGCACCUCCCUGAGCUCGCCACUAAACCCGAAGCUCUGGUGUCACGUACACUUGAAGAAGUCCCUGAAUGGGUCCCCGCUCAAAGUGAAGAACUCAAAAAAUUCCAAGUCUCCAGAAGAGCAUCUGGAAGAAGUAAUGAAGAUGAUGUCUCCUGGCAAGCUGCACGCCAACUUCCACAUUGCCAAGAAGGGCCCGGGUGCCAAGAAGCCGGCCAAGCACGGUGACAAGCCCCUGAGAGCCAAGGGCCGGGGCAAAGGCAUCCUGAACGGACAGAAGUCCACAGGGGGGGCCAAGUCACCCAAAAAGGGGCUGAAGACCCCUAAAACGAAAAUGAAGCAGAUGACUCUGCUGGACAUGGCAAAAGGCACCCAGAAGAUAACGCGCGCCCCACGGAAUUCUGGGGGCACACCUCGGUCCUCAACGAAACUGCAGAAACACCUGCCUCCAGCUGCCCUACACCUUAUCGCCUACUACAGAGAGAACAAAGACCGGGAGGACAAGAAGAGCGCCUUGUCCUGUGUCAUCUCCAAAACCGCGCGCCUCCUCUCCAGUGAGGACCGGGCCCGCCUCCCCGAGGAGUUGCGUGGAAUUGUCCAGAAACGCUUCGAGCUGCUGGAGCACAAGCGGAAGUGGGCCUCUAUGUCCGAGGAGCAGCGCAAAGAGUAUCUGAAGAAGAAACGGGAGGAGCUGAAGGAAAAGUUGAAGGAGAAGGCCAAGGAGCGGAGAGAGAAGGAGAUGCUUGAGAGGCUGGAGAAGCAGAAGCGGUACGAGGACCACGAACUGGCGGGCAAAAGCCUCCCCACUUUCCGGCUGGUGGACACGCCAGAGGGGCUGCCCAACACGCUCUUCGGGGACGUGGCCAUGGUGGUGGAGUUUCUAAGCUGUUACUCUGGGUUGCUCCUCCCCGACGCUCAGUACCCGAUCACUGCCGUCUCCCUCAUGGAAGCCUUGAGCGCAGAGAAGGGGGGCUUCCUCUACCUGAACCGGGUGCUGGUCAUCCUCCUCCAGACCCUCCUGCAGGACGAAAUCGCCGAAGACUAUGGCGAGCUGGGCAUGAAGCUCUCGGAAAUCCCGCUGACUCUGCACUCCGUCUCGGAGCUGGUGCGGCUCUGCCUCCGCCGGUCUGACGUCCAGGAGGAAAGCGAGGCCUCCGACACCGAGGACAAUAAGGAUUCCGCACCCUUUGAGGACAACGAGGUGCAGGAUGAGUUCCUGGAGAAGCUGGAGACGUCUGAGUUCUUCGAGUUGACCUCGGAAGAGAAGCUGCAGAUCCUCACGGCACUGUGCCACCGCAUCCUCAUGACGUACUCCGUGCAGGACCACAUGGAGACCAGGCAGCAGAUGUCGGCGGAGCUGUGGAAGGAACGGCUGGCGGUCCUGAAGGAGGAGAACGACAAGAAGCGGGCCGAGAAGCAGAAGCGGAAAGAAAUGGAGGCCAGAAAUAAGGAGAACGGGAAGGAGGAGAACGGGCUCGGCAAAGCGGAGAGGAAAAAGGACCUUGUGAAGUUCGAGCCCCAGGUGGAGCUGGAAGCGGAAGACAUGAUCAGUGCUGUGAAGAGCAGGCGGCUGCUUGCCAUUCAGGCGAAGAAGGAGCGGGAAAUCCAGGAGAGAGAGAUGAAAGUGAAACUAGAACGUGAAGCAGAAGAAGAGCGAAUCCGGAAGCAUAAGGCAGCGGCUGAGAAGGCUUUCCAGGAAGGAAUCGCCAAAGCUAAACUAGUCAUGCGCAGGACACCCAUUGGUACCGACCGGAACCAUAACAGGUACUGGCUGUUCUCGGAUGAAGUUCCAGGACUGUUCAUUGAGAAGGGCUGGGUACAUGACAGCAUCGACUACCAAGUCACCCACCGCCGCCGAGAGCGCGCCGACCCUCAGGACGAGGACUACUGUCCCCGAAGUAAGAAAGCAAGCCUCAGCAAAACUGCAGUGAACAUGAACACACAUCACGGGCCAGAAGUCGCUGUGGAGACCACAGUUCCCAAACAGGGACAGAAUCUAUGGUUCUUAUGUGAUAGUCAGAAGGAACUGGAUGAGUUGCUGAACUGCCUUCAUCCUCAGGGAAUAAGAGAAAGUCAGCUUAAAGAGAGACUGGAAAAGAGGUACCAGGACAUCAUUCAUUCUAUUCAUCUGGCUCGAAAGCCAAAUUUGGGUCUCAAAUCUUGUGAUGGCAACCAGGAACUCUUGAACUUUCUUCGAAGUGAUCUCAUUGAAGUUGCAACAAGAUUACAGAAGGGAGGACUGGGUUAUGUGGAAGAAACCACAGAUUUUGAAGCUCGGGUUGUCUCAUUAGAGAAAUUAAAGGAUUUUGGCGAGUGUGUGAUUGCCCUUCAAGCUAGUGUUAUAAAGAAAUUUCUCCAAGGCUUCAUGGCUCCCAAACAGAAGAGAAGAAAAGUCCAAAGUGAAGAUUCCGCCAAGAGUGAAGAGGUGGAUGAGGAGAAGAAGAUGGCGGAGGAGGCGGAGGUCGCGUCUGCACUAGAAAAGUGGAAGACGGCGAUCCGCGAAGCCCAGACCUUCUCCAGGAUGCACGUCCUCCUGGGGAUGCUGGACGCCUGCAUCAAGUGGGACAUGUCAGCCGAAAAUGCCAGGUGCAAAGUUUGUCGGAAGAAAGGUGAGGAUGACAAACUGAUCCUGUGUGACGAGUGUAAUAAAGCCUUCCACCUGUUUUGUCUGAGGCCGGCCCUUUAUGAAGUGCCAGAUGGUGAGUGGCAGUGCCCGGCCUGCCAGCCCGCUACCGCCAGGCGCAACUCUCGUGGCAGGAAUUACACUGAGGAAUCCGCCUCUGAUGGCAGCGAAGAAGAGGAGGAUGAGGAAGAGGAAGAGGAGGAGGAAGAGGAAGAGGAGGAGGAGGAAGAUUAUGAGGUGGCUGGUUUGCGAUUGAGACCUCGAAAGACCAUCCGGGGCAAGCAGGGGGCCAUUCCCCCCACAAGACCAGGCCGACGGCCGGGUAAGAAGCCACACCCCGCCCGGAGGACUCAGCCAAAAGCACCGCCCGUGGACGAUGGCGAGGUGGAUGAGCUGGUGCUGCAGACCAAGCGGAGCUCCCGGAGGCAGAGCCUGGAGUUGCAGAAGUGCGAGGAGAUCCUGCACAAGGUCAUCAAGUACCGCUUCAGCUGGCCCUUCCGGGAGCCCGUGACACGUGACGAGGCGGAGGACUACUAUGACGUGGUCACGCACCCCAUGGACUUCCAGACGAUGCGGAACAAAUGCUCCUGUGGGAACUACCGCUCGGUGCAGGAGUUUCUCAGCGACAUGAAGCAGGUGUUCGCCAACGCCGAGCUGUACAACUGCCGGGGCAGCCCCGUGCUGGAGUGCACGGCCAAGACCGAAGAGUGCCUGCUGGCGCUGCUGCGCAAACACCUGCCCGGCCACCCCUACGUGCGCCGGAAACGCAAGAAGUUCCCUGAGCGCCCUGCCGAGGACGAGGGGGACGGUGGGCUGGAGCCUGCGGGGCAGUCCAGGGGCCGAAGACAGAAGAAGUAGGCAGGGCCGUGGUGAGGGCGCUGACGUCGGGGUGGGGGGACCGAGGGGAGAGCAGGGAGGGGGGAGGGGCCCAGGAAGGGAGAGCGCACAGGAGCCCAGCAGGGCCGCGGCCUCCCACGGAGGCGCGAGCGCGGAGCCCCGUGUGGGUUUGGUGGCAGAAGCGAGUGGUGGGUGUUCGUGACCUUCUUUUUCUCCGCCUAAGUGUCCGGGAAGAGCGCGAGGGGCGGCUGUGCCCGGGAGCCCGGUCCCCUCCUGUCUUUGUUCCCGAGGUCCCUCCCCACGGGUCACCGCAGCAGUGCCAAGCCUCUGGGCUCUGGGGGUUUCUGUAUGCCAUAGGGGAGGGCGGGGAGGGCCCAGGAGCCCCCCCGAACUUGUCCCUCUAGUUCUUGAUGACCUCGUGCCCGCCGCGUCGUCCCCUCUGCCCUGGCCCUUGCAGUGGCGUGUCAGUGCUAUACGGAAUUCUCUGGUCACCAGCAUCACCAUCUUGGCAGAGCAAAGGGACAUGCCCUGGGGCCAUCCCUGACCAUCCCAUCCCCCCCCUUCCCUUCCCCGCUCCCCAUCCCACUUUACCUCCUUCCAAAAACACAAAAGGGUUUAAAAAAGAAAAAAGAAAAAAAAAAGGAAAAACUGAAGGCACUUCACCUAGAGACCGGGGUCCUGCUUCAUCCGGUCAUGACGGGCCUGACCAGGAUGCCUCUGGCCGGAAGAGGGUGUUGGAGCCUAGCCCACCCACGAACCGGAGACGCUCUUAGGGGAGCACAAGAGAAGCAGGAAGAUUGAAAUGUUUAAUUUUGUAAUGGACUUUUCUAGCUAUUCCAAGUUGCUUGUUCCAGCAGCGCUGCUGUCUAAAGGACACCGUGUCUGUCCGCGUCCUUGCUGUGGCACAUGUACAGUCAUUUCUAUGGUAAUGUGGUCGCUUCUCGCCCACCCUCCCACCUGCACCCGCUCACCUGCGAGAAGUCGGCAUGGAGGCUCUAGAGGCGAGUGGGGGGGCUCUGGGGGGCUGUGUGGCCUCCCCACUCCUACCUCCCCUCCCCUCACAUUUCACCUCCGCCUUGGGACUCCCUUGAAACCCGCAUCUUGGGGUCCGAGUCGGGGCUGGCAGGGAGACAGGAGCAGCUCAGACCAGCCUUCCCCCCACACUCAGUGCUGGGGUGGGCUUUAGGCAGAGCUCUGCAGACCCCUUGCCCCUUUGUGGCACGUUUCUAGAAAAACACGAAGCAGGGUUGGAUCUCCUACCCGUCAGCUGCUGGCGGGAAAGUUGGAAGCGCUUGGGCACCUACUUAGGUUAAGGGAAAAGCAGCCGCCCAGGGUUUUGCAACCCACAAGCCCUGAGCAUAAAUGGAGCCUCUCACCCAGAACCUAACCGGGACGACGGGAUGGGCCCGUUGCCAUUGCUGGGGCGAGCGACCCCCUCUGCGGGCCGAGUUAGCACUGACUAGGCUGCCUUGUGCCACCACCGCCCGCCUGCCGGCCUCUCCCCGCCUGUACUUGUCGCAGUGAGAAUCGCAGUCCCGCCUCGUGACACCUGAGCUGUUUGUUGUUUUUUAAAUCGUCUUUGAGGAGGAAGGGCCCCGCGAAAGGGUAAACUUGUAAUAAAUUGGAAUUUCAAAUAAA